CGUGUCCCCCGGGCACCUUCAAAUCCGUGCAGGGUCCGGGGCUGUGCCUGCAGUGCCCGCCCAACAGCCGCUCCGCCUCCGAGGCGGCCACCAUCUGCGUCUGCCGCAACGGCUACUACCGAGGCGAUGCCGACCUGCCGGACACGCCCUGCACCAGUGUCCCUUCUGGCCCCAGAAAUGUCAUCUCCAUCGUCAACGAGACCUCGGUCAUCCUGGAGUGGCACUCGCCGCGGGAGACGGGCGGCCGCGACGACGUGGUCUACAACAUCGUGUGCAAGAAGUGCCGCGCCGACCGGCGCUCGUGCUCCCACUGCGACGACAACGUGGAGUUUGUCCCGCGUCAGCUGGGCCUGACGGAGACGCGGGUGUUCAUCAGUAACCUCUGGGCUCACACGCUGUACAGCUUCGAGAUCCAGGCGGUCAACGGGGUCAGCAACAGGAGCCCGUACCCGGCCCAGCAUGUGUCCAUAGACAUCACCACCAACCAGGCUGCUCCCUCCAUAGUUCCCAUCAUGCACCAGGUCAGCUCCACCAUGAAGAGCUUCACGUUGUCAUGGCCACAGCCGGAGCAGCCCAAUGGCAUCAUCCUGGACUACGAGCUCCGCUACUAUGAGAAG